AUGGCUUUUCACUGUACUUUGGAUCAAUUACCUGUAGAAUUAUUACAUACAUUGUUUACCUAUUUUUCUUCAUCUGAACUUCUAUAUACAUUUUAUCAUGUGAGUGAUUAUGUUAUUGCUUCCUUACAAUCUUAUUCUUCUUAUCAACUUGAUUUUAAAUCAAUUUCAAAAUCUAAUUUUCGUUGCAUUUGUCGUCAUGUUCAACCAGAACAAGUUAUAUCAUUGACAUUAUCUGAUAGUAAUGAUACACCUGGUCAAUCAGAAUUAUUCUUUAAUCGUUUUCGAAUGGAACAAUUUACUCGACUUCGAUCACUUACUUUAGUUGAAAUUGAAUUUAACUCAUUAGAAUCUAUUUUUUUAAAUCUAUCUAAACUUCAUGAACUACGUUCAUUUUCAUUUGAUGCUUAUUCUAUUAGACAUAUCUACGGAGUAAUGGAUCUUAAUUCUAUAAAAAAACUUGAGCAAAUAAAUAAUAUGUUACGUAAUACUUAUGCUCAAGUAUUCCCUCAAUUGAAUUAUUUAUGUCUGAAUGGUGAUUGGGUGUUAGAUACGAUACCAUUACCAAAUAUUCUACACUUAAAACUCGAACAUUGUCCACUCGAUAAACUUGCAACAAUUGCUGAUUUAGCUCCAAAGCUUAGAUCAUUAGAUGCUUGUGUUGAUGUUCCACAAAUGAAUUCCUAUGAUAUCAUAUUAUCUUCUCAACUUACUCGAGUUCGUUUAAUUAUGAAAGAUUUUACAGUAUCAAUGAAUUAUAUGGAAUACAUCUUAUCAAAUCGUUUGUAUCUAAAACAUCUUGAAUUACAUUUGAAAGGUUGUGAAGAUUUAGCAGAUGGUCAACGUUGGCAAAGAUUAACUAGUUCUCUCCAAACAUUCAAUUUUAAAUUCAAUAUACAGCUUGAUUCAAUUGAACAAAUUCUUAAUACAUUUCGAACAUUGUUUUGGUUGAAAGAAAAACAAUGGUUUGUGGCUUAUCAAGACAAAUGUUUAUUUUCUCUACCUUUUUUUGCACCAAAACAUAUAGAUACUUCUUGUCAAAUGCCUAUUUAUUCGACAGCACCUAAUGAUACUGUUUUCUACGAAAAUGUAACUCAACUUAGUCUCAGCACAUCUAAAAAAAUUAUCAAAUAUUUUACUCAUAUUAAUACAUUAAAACUUGAAGAUAAAAUUUCACAACAAGAACUUUUAUGUUUUGUUAAUCUUCGUUACGUUAAACAUUUAGUUAUUUUAUCUCUUGAUGAUUUAUUACAAUUUACACCUAUUGAAUGUAAAAUACCUCAGUUACGUCAACUCACUAUUGAAAACAAAAUAACAAGAAAAGAAAUAGAAAAAAUGAUGUGUAAUUCAUAUGAACAAAUUCGAACACUUGAAAUUAGCAUCAUUCUUCAAGAUCAAAAUCACAUCGUUGAUGAAUUGCUAAGAUUGUUUUCACAUACAGAACAUUUUAUAUAUAACUCUGAUAUUCAAUCGAUACAGACGAUGGUACUUUUUAUAGAUGGAUUUAAACAUUUAUCAAGUGCCUCGUUUAUUUCACAAGGUCCAUUAUAUAAUCAACCUCAACAUUUUCGUUAUACUCAUGAUUUAAUAAUUUUAAAAACUAAUCGAAUUAAAUAUGGUAUUUCAACAUGUCGAAUUUAUUAUUUACCUGAUAGCACAUCAUUAUUUUGUAUUAAUUGGUGGAUUGAAGAGUAA